UUCUUCGUUAUUCAUCUUACCUUGAAGAAGUCGAAGGCAAUCAAUAGCAGCAGGCCAGAUGAGGAUUGCUCGAGCUCUUGAAAUGAGAAGAUUGAUUCCAGUAUAGAGACAUUCGUUCAUGCCUCUAGCAUAAAUUUGUAAAACCGCCAUGAUCUCCAUGGUGGUGCAAGAUGACAAGCAAGCAUGAUAGAAAUACAGCUGAUGCUAAUGCUUAACAGAAGAAAUUCAAAGUCAAAUAGCAAAAUAUCCAGAAAUUGCAGCCAUGAACCAGAAUUGUUACUCAAUCCACCGAAAGAGAACUAUCUGAUAUUAGAGAACGCGUGGCUUAUUGCAGUCCUUUAUGAGCCCUUUCUUCCUCCUGUUUUCAUAUCAAUCCCUCCAGAUUGUUUACCAACUGGAAAGGCAACUACUUCAGCAAAAAGAAGUUCCAGACUUGAAUCCACAGGCAGAACAUGUGAUAAACUUUGUGCAAAUACAUUUCAGGGUCUUCCAGGAUGCUUGGACGUCCUUUUCUUGAGAAUCAAGGCAAAGCAGUACCCAUUAACAGCACCCUACUCCUCCCCAAAAAACGCAGGACAAGGAAGGAAAGAAAAUACAAAUGCGACUCAAUGAACAAUGAAGGAAUCUUCAAAAUGAGCAGCAAUUCAAUCCAAUACUGCAAAGGCAUAAAAGUACCCAUUAACACCACCCUACUCCCCCCUAAAAAUGCAGGUCAAGGAAGAAAAGAAAAUUCAAAUGUGACUCAAUGAACAAUGAAGGAAUUAUCAAAAUGAGCACCACUUCA